AUGUCUCACACUGCGGACGUUCCGCUCGAGGCGCCGUCGCUUCUCUGCCUCGCCUCCAGAUCUGUACAGAGUUUUGUUUUGGAUCCGGUGAGUAGAAACGGCGAAAACUACGAAUUAAGGGGAAACAAAACAUUUGCAGAAUCUGCAAGAUUACAUGCGGCAAGUAUUUCUUCCGGUGCCACUUAGUCAAGAAAUAUUCAAGCAGUUUCGCAGCAAAUGGAACAUUCACUUCAACCAUCCGCAGCCCGUCGACCAGGGUCCCGGUCCUUCCGACGAUAACCGCGCUAUAGAGCCGGGAAACGUGGCGAUGAUGCGUCAAGUGUUCCAAACUUGGUGUGACUCAACAAAACUACCCCUUCUGAAGCUCGACCUAACGGGCGCCACAAUCGACGAUCAGACAUUUGUAGACCUUUUACACGCACACGCUCAAUCGAUAACCGAGCUGGAUUUGACAGGUGUUUCCGGUGUUACCGACCUUUCGAAUGCGUAUUUCUACGCGCGGAGUACGAACUUCCCUCUGCUGACUUCGAUUCGAAUGACGUCAAUGGAGCUGGUGACGUCGCAUCAGCCGAGGAGGAAAAACGGAAUGGCGGCCACCGAGUACCGAAACUUCAAUUUGAUGCUCGGCGAGGACGCCCUCGCAGAAGCGCGCUCUCAAAUCGAAAAAGAUGGCGGUCUGCGAUCGCCGCUCUCGCCAAGCUCCGCCCCUAUUCCAGAACGUUCAACAGAAAUGGAACUUCUUCCGUGCGAUGCUCCAGAAGAACCUCCACUUUUCACAGCUCGGACCCCGAAUGUCAAGCGCCUCUUCCUUCCGAGAACCUCUAAACAACGGAACGGAGAGGACGAGGAGCCGUCGACGCAUGUGAUGCUCUCUAAGAUUCUGGCUCAGCUGACCAUGCUGGAAGUGCUGGAUCUUUCGUAUUGGACCAAAACGGAUGAUCUCAGAUGCCUGAUACCUCUCGCGCCCACGUUGACUUGUCUCGUUUUGUACGAUGUUCCGGAUCUCUAUCACGCUGUGCCAAAUAUUUGCCAUUUAACCGAACUAAGGUGGGCUCAAUGAUUUCUAGAAUUUAUUUGAACAAAAUAUUUUUCCAGAGUGCUCGACGUCUCGCAAUCGAAUCGUGACACCGGAAUGUACCCCCGUCCGGUAUCCACCCUCAAUCAGCUGGUUCUCAGUCUCCGCAAGCUCACCCACCUGGACAUUUCCUCCACGAAUCUCGCCGCCCAGCCCUCGUCUCAUGACAAUCCGACGCGGUCCCGCGACGUCGUCCGCUCCGACAUCUCCGGACUUCAGUCCCUCGAGCGACGACUCAAAUAUCUGGGACUUUUCAAUUGCGACAACGCCUCGCACGUUCGCGAAAUCCCGGCUGAUUUGGUGUCGGGAGACGCGAACGAGGAGCAAGUGAUAACGUCGCUCAAGAUGUACAAAGAUCGCGCGGGACUGCUGCAGAACGUGCUCAACGAGAGCUAUCAGCUCUACCGCUUCGGCAACAGUAAUCCUUUGGUUCGGGCGGGUCGUCACACGGAAGCCCUUCAUCUGGUUCUCGACGCGAUGCACCGUCAUCUCGCCGACAGCACUCUCCAGAUUGCCGGGUCCGCCUCGCUCUUCUACAUCAUCCGCAAAGUGGACAUGAACCGAGACACGAAGCGACGCGUGGUCAGCGCGCUUCUCAGCGGGAUGGAGGUUCACAUGGAGGAACAGGUGAUGGUCCGGAACUGCUGUCUCUCGUUGUGCCAGUUUGAGAUUCCGCAGGACAUUCUCUUCGACUACAGGUACGUGGCAAAAGCUCGUCGGCGCCGGAAGGUGCAAGUGAAAGAGAAACAGUGUAGUUUCAGCCGACUCGCCGUCCUCCUCGUCACCGUCCUCCAACACCACAACGCCGACAAUUUGACGCAGCGAAUCGUCGUCUUCCUACUCAACUCGAUGGCGUGCCACGUGGAGGGCGACCAGAAAGUGCAGGUGGGAAGUUUCGGAGCGAUCGAGAUGAUUCUCGAUCAAAUCGCCCGCAAACACAACGCGAACGUGUGCGACGACGUGAUGGAAGUCGGCUGGAGUUUCCUGUGGAACAUCACCGACGAGACGCCCGUCAACUGUCAGCGAUUCCUCGAGGCGAAAGGCCUCGAUCUCUUCCAAAAGUGCUAUGAAGCGUUCAAAACGGAACGAGAGCUCGUGCGCAACAUGAUGGGACUGAUAGGAAACAUUGCGGAAGUGGACGAGUUGCGCUCUCAACUCAUGAAGGACGACUACGUGAACAUCUUCUGCGCGCUGCUCGAGUCGCAGGAAGAAUCCAUCGAGAUUAGCUACAACUCGGCGGGAGUGCUCGCGCACAUGGUCUCGGAUGGAGAGGAGGUCUGGAAGACAAUGACCGUCUGCCGGCACGAAGUGAUGAAGCAGAUUGUGCAGGCGACGUCCACGUGGAAGCUCGCCACGCGCCGCUUUAUAAACUAUCGCUCGUUCCGUCCGAUUCUUCGCCUCUUGCCUCUUUAUCACGCCUACGCCAGCCAGCAUUGGGCCGUCUGGGCGCUGGCCAAUUUGACAACGACCGACGGAGAAAAGUGAGUUAUCUCAUCGGGCCCCGAACGCUCUACAAUGUCAUUUCCAGAUAUUGUGCGUACGUGCGUGACGAAGGAGGCGUUCCGCUACUCGAAGAGCUUUCUCUCAACAUAACGACCACGUCGGAAAUCCGACAGCUGGCCCGUACCGUACUCGACAACAUUCGUCAAGUGGAGAAGAAGUAAGUCCAGCUCUCCGCCCACUUCUCAUCACGCCUUCUUGUGCCCUUUUCCUUUUUUGAAAAAAAACCCUUGAGAGUCGUCUUUUUUUGUUUUUAGAGCUCGUAAAUCGGCGAUCAGACCCCAAAAACGGUCGCGUGACCCGGCCGAUGAUGGCGACGACGAGUACUGA